AUGAAGGUGAAGAAGGACUUCCUGCCGAGACAUUUUCCAGUUAUCACUGAUAAUGACCAAGGUGCCAUGCAGGAGGACUACCCCUUUAUCCCUCGAGACUGCUACUACUUUUGCUACUUGGAGGAGGUUCCUGGGUCCAUGGGCACACUGGACACUUGCUAUGGGGGUCUGCGAGGCAUGCUGCAGGUGGAUGACUCGACUUAUGAAAUCAAGCCUAUGGAGGCUUCAACCAAGUUUGAGCAUGUUAUUUCUCUGCUUGUAAAAGAACCAUCAACAGCAGACGAACGUUGUACGAUUCAAAAAGAAGAUGUAGAUCUAGCAUUUGAAGAGUCAAAGUUUGCAGAAACCCCGAGAGCAGCACCUGUGUAUUUAUGGUGGCCCCAUAGGAGAGACUUAAAACUUUUCUACACAGUUAGUAACUCAUUAUUCAGGAUCAGGCCCAAUAAGACAGAUAUAAUAGAGAGAGUAGUGAUGAUGAACAGCAUAUUACACAGCAUUUAUUAUCAUCAUCGUCUGGUUGUCCACUUACAUGCCUUGAUCAUAUGGGAGAAAAAAGAUGCAAAGGACGUAACGAAUUGGAAAACUACAUAUGAAGCUAUUGCAGCAUAUGGUUACUUUAAAUAUGAUGCAUAUUAUAAAAAAAUACCUCAUGAUACAUCAGUACUUCUUACAGGACAUAAAAUCGGUGGUAGAACAUAUUAUGCCUUUGAUAAUGCAGUAUGCAACCCCAACUGGGGGGCAAUGUUUGUAUAUGUAAAAGAUUUUCAUCUAUUCUUAGCUGCCAGUGUCGCUGCACAUACACUGGGUCAUAUGUUUAACAUGAAGCAUGAUGAAGCUGGUUGUAAAUGUUUUCGAAGAACUUUCUGUGUCAUGAAUCCUUACUUAGGUCUUAACGAUAUGUUCAGCAAUUGUUCUUACACGCCAAUCCACUAUCGAAUGCAUGUUUAUGAUCAAUGUUUGGCUUACACAAUGACACCAUACAAUAAUUUUCCUUAUGUAGCGCCUCGUUGUGGCAAUAAGAUCAUAGAUGGUUCCGAAGAAUGUGACUGUGGCUCCUUGAAAGACUGUGCUGAAAAUAAAUGUUGUGAGACCAAUUGUGCCCUAACCCUUGGAAAUCAAUGCAGUACCGGAGAGUGCUGUGUUAACUGUAGAUAUGCUCAUCCUGGAAGGAUUUGUAGAGAGAAGGGUGGCAUUUGUGACCUAUUGGAAUACUGUGACGGGAAAAAGGCUACUUGUCCAGAUGACUUUUAUAUCCAGGAUGGAACCCCGUGUUCUCCAUUAUCCGUUUGUGUGAGAGGAAACUGUAGUGACCGUGACAUGCAGUGUCAAGCCCUGUUUGGCUACCAAGUAACAGAUGCCCCGAAAGUGUGCUAUGAUAUCUUAAAUGUUAGGGGUGACCGUUUUGGAAACUGUGGGCGCUACUUUCAGAAUGGGGGAGAAAGAUAUAAACCAUGUGAGUCAGAUGAUGUUCUUUGUGGAAUUUUGCACUGUCGUGAUGUCAAAGAAGUACCUGGUGGAGGUGAGCACACUACAUUUCGUCAGCUAUUAGUUAAGCAAGAAAAAUGCUUUGGAUUUGAUUACCACUUUGGCAUAGACCUGCCACCACUUGGGUAUGUAAUAGAUGGUGCAACCUGUGGGCCAGGAAGUUACUGUUUGAACAGGAAUUGCACUUUUCAUCAAGACAUGAGCUUUGACUGUGAUGUCAAGAAAUGCAAUUUCAGAGGGGUGUGCAACAAUAGGAAAAAUUGUCACUGUCAGCACGGAUGGAAACCACCCCUGUGUGACAUCCGAGGAUCAGGAGGCAGUAUAGACAGCGGCCCUCCACCUGACAGAGAACCAUCUAUUCGUGGCAAAAUAGAUGUGAUCGUAAACAAGGCUCUAGUUCUAGUAAUGAUUCGGGCAGUCCUUUUAAUCUGUGCAUUCAUUAUUGGCUGCAUUUCAUACUUAGGUUCAGGAAAGAAUGAAGGUGAAGAUGAAGAGUCUAAUAAUUAA